UAUAUGCCUUUGUAGCACUGCAAAACAUGUCUGAAUCUGAAGUUACAAUGAACUUGGAGCUGGAGACCUACCCUCCCAUGUUCCGGCAGCAGAACAACCAGAGUUGUAGUCAUCAGAAAGUCGACGAGCCGGUCGGAGAAUCGGAGCUUACUAUACCUGUCAUAGAUCUCCAUUGCCUGAGCCAUGAUGAGCUUGGGGGGGCAUGUAGAGAUUGGGGACUUUUUCGUUUGGUGAACCAUGGAGUUCCCUCGUCCCUUUUGAGGCAACUUCAUGAGCAUGCCAAAGAGCUUUUCUCUCUUUCAUUUGAAUGCAAAAAGGAGAUAUUUUGUAGCCCUUUGUCGUACCUUUGGGGCACCACUGCUAUUUCCCCUUCAGGCGCAGCCCUAUUGACAGGCCCCCAAAAUAUCCAUUGGGUUGAAGGGUUCCAUUUUCCUCUUGGUCAACUCUCCCAAUUGCAACCUCAACAUCCUACGCUUGCUUCCUUCAGACUGCUAGCGGAAGAAUAUGGAAAGCACAUGGGUAGACUUGGUAGAACCAUAUUUAAAACAAUGGUGAUGGAGCUCAAUCUGGAUCCGGGAGAAUCCGAGACCCAUCUGGAUGAAUGUACAGGAUUUCUACGUGUUUACCGCUAUCCAUUACGCUCAAUGGCUAACUCUGCAUGGGGGAUAGAGGUGCACACAGACAGCUCGCUGUUGACCAUAUUGAACCAGUACGAAGUUGCUGGCCUUGAAGUCCUCAAAGACAACCAAUGGCUCCAAGUUGAACCUAUUUCCGACACGUUAAUUGUCAACCUCGGAGAUAUGAUGCAGGCAAUAAGCAACGACAAGUACAAGAGUGUGAAACACAGAGUUAGGUUAAACAAAGAUAGGGAGAGGAUCUCUAUUGGCUACUUUGUGUUCCCAAAAGAAGAUAGUGUGAUUCGGAGCUCCAAGUACAAGCCGUUUACUCAUGGUGAUUUCCGAGCACAAGUACAACAAGACAUCAAGACCCUUGGGUUUAAGGUUGGACUUGAAAAGUUCAAGCUUACCCAGGCCUCUUCACCAUAAUGGGGUUCUGGUAUGUUUUAAUUUAUCUUGUUUUUUGGGGUUUUUUUUUUUCUUUUUCGUAAUACUAUUUAAUUAGUAGAUUGAUAUUCUAUCUACUAUCAUACUUGGAUCAGCACUUGUAAAAGAAAAUAAAAUUAAGGAUUGAUGAUAUUCAUGUCAUGUCAUCCUAGUUAUAUAUAUAUGGCAGUUGUAUAACAGUUUGCGAAAUAGCAUUACUCUUUCAGUUGUAACGGAAUUAGUGUGUGUACUUUUAUCUUGGAUUUGCUUAUAAUGAGAUAAUUAAGUUAAAGAAUUA